CCUGGGUUGCUCCGUUCGUUUUUUUUUAAAAAAGUUUUCGAAAAAUUCGAACUCUUUUACUCUUUUUGUACGAAAAUAAACAUUCGAAAUCUAUCGUUCGUCAUGCUUAACGGCAGGAUUGUCGUUUUUAGUUCAAAAAUAUUAACAUUGUCAUGAGUUUUUUUCAUGUUACCUGACUUCCUCUGGAAUGUUGUAUUAUGUAACACAUCAUUGAAUGGCACAUUUAUGCGUGAUAAAAUUACAGUGAUUAACCAAACCGUUGGUAACACAACAGUUACUUUUUAUAGGCAUCAAUAUUUCCUUUUUUAUUGUAAUUUUUCCUUCAUUGUACUUUUUUCCUUCAGGUCAUACACGUGAAUUGCAGGUUCAUGAAUUAUCUCAGUAUUGUAUAAAAGCCUUGUUAUUUGCAAAAGAUCAUACUUUUCAAUAUGGAAAACAAAAACAUGUCGUUCGCACAGAAUUAUCGUUUCGGAAAGAGGGAUACAAUUUUGCAGUAUGGUAUUUUUGGGUUAAAUCAUUUUUCAAAUCAAAUUUCCACGGUGACUUAAUUGCCGAUAUGUUUGUAACUCUAACAUCGAAAACAGAUGCAGAACCUCGUUCAGUCUCAACUAACAUGGUUGAAGAACACGGGAUAUUUCUACCAUCAACAAAUUAA